AUGAAGUAUCUUGACUAUCCCGUCCUCACACACCUCUCAGAGGUGCUGUCCGACAAUCCGUCCCCGGAGGCACGGAUCAACGUGCGCGUCGAGGCGUACUCGAUCAAGCCCGUCGCCAAGGAGCGCAAGAUGUUCAAGGAGAUGGAGGAAGCCUACGUCUCCGGCCAGGAGGAGAUGGAAGAGAUGUCCUUCUCCCCAGAGAUGAAGGAAGCCGGUCUGUCUUCCUGCUUUGGAAGACUCGACGUCAAGGAGUCCCGAAAGGUGCACUUCCUCCUCGUGUCGACCCUGAAUACGGCCUUUCCCGACAACGACUUCUCGGGCCUCCGUCCAGACCACUUCAUGCGCGAGAUCUCCGCGGGCCAGGUCCUCUCGCAUCUCUCGAACAACCUGCUUGGCAUCAACGCUGUCGACUUGUCACCGCUGUCCGCCGCAUACGCCAAUGCGCCGCUGCCGCAACAAAGUUCGCCCCCCGGUUCGGCGGCGCCCCUCUCGUCAUCCGCCAGUGCGGCCGGGAGCUCGCCUCCCUUAUCUGGUGACAUCGGCAACCCGAGCUUCUACCGCCUGUUGAACGACAUUCUGCCUCUGCAGGAUUGCGAGGUCUACUCGUGGUUCCCUGAGCCCGAAUAUGAUCCCCACGUCGAUCCCGAGGAGAACGAGGAGGCCAGCGAGUAUGAUGACGAGGACUCGGAUGAGAUGAUUGGAAACAUGGAUAUGGACAUCGACAUUGACGGCGAGGGCGCGUACGUUAGCUGGGGCCAGGCUGGCAUGGAUCUUGAGCUCGACGGUCCUUCCGGCUCGUCCGGACAGCGUCCGAGAUCGCUGUCGCGCAACGCUAUCGAUGACCUCGAGAUGGGCAGCCCCUAUUUGAGCGCGCAGGACUUCCCCGCCGUGCGCAAAGUAGGCGGCCUCCUUUGGAGUGCUAACUACUUCUUUUAUAGCAAGCGCCAAAAACGUGUGCUGUUCAUCACGACGUGGGCCCGCAAACGACCCUCGCACGAGGGUGCGCCGAUCGACAAGACGCUGGCGGGUAGCCUGCCGCUCCCGAUAAGCGCUUCUCUGACGCCGCCGACCGCUGGCUUCGCGGGCGGACACGGAUUCACGCCGCGCUCGCCGAAGACGAAACGGCACCAUAACCUCAGCAACGCGCGCCCGUCGCAUCGUCGUGCCAAGAUGGCCAAGCUCGCGCAGGGCAAGACGCUGCAGACGUCCACGAUCCCCAUCCGUGGUCUUGGUCUCUCGACCUCUACCCCCGCGCCGACAACCCCUACUGCCGCUCGCAUGGCUGCCAGCGCUCCGGCCACGAGCGCGAGUGGAAUACUCUCGCCCGCCUCGGUCGCGAGUCCCGGCGCCAUGACAAGGAUGAGCGGCUCACUGCGCCCUCGCCAGACCACGGCCCGCAUGCUCAUCAACGCCGCCCAGCAGCAGCAACAGCACCAGCAGAAACAGCCCGACCGCGAACGCGACCGUACCCGCAAAGAGCGCUCUGGCUCACUCACGCCCGGCCCGCCCUUCGUCCCCGUCGCCGAAGGCGGGAAGCGCGUCAAGGUGUAG